AUGAACGAGAACACAAAGUUUCUGUUUUUGCUAUGCUUAUUAUUUAUCUGCCUGUCUUUCAACGGUGUGUACGCGUUUGGAGCGGGUAACAUCCCUUCUUUCGCAUAUUUGGAGGGGAAGGCGUUCCGGCAUGGUGACAUCGAAGAUACCCUUCAAGAGCUGAUGAAGAAGGCGGGCUCUGGGGGUGGUAUUGCUGUUAUUGGUAGCUUUCUAGGGAAGAACGGACCCAAGUUCGGCGGGCUGGAUGUGAAGCGAGUGUAUUUCGGAAAUUGGCUCAGAGACUAUAGUCAGGCAGUAGAUAUUGCCGGGCUGAAGAAGCUGCAGUUACAAACUAUUAUUAAUCUGUGCAUGGUUCUCGGCUUCCUCGCCCACGGAUAUGCCACGCACGAAUUCGAGGUCACGGAAGAGCGAUUGGGAUGUUAUCUCCCGACGGAACACAUUGACAACCCCAAAGGGUACGGCGAAGGCGAGGAUGCGCGGAAAUACGACCGACGACUCCGCGGACCGGUCAACCCUCAGGAACUCGAAAUUGACCCGCGAACAGGCAUGAAGAACUACAUCGCAAACGAGAACGGCUCUUGGGACACCUCGAAAGCGCUCGUGCGCCGCACGCUCGAGCAUUGCAUCCACCUCGGCCGGCAGGCGCGCGCGCAGGGCCGCAAACAGGACCUCUACGAGUCGUACCGGCUCCUCGGGCAGGCGCUGCAUACUUUGGAAGACUUCUCCGCACACUCGAACUUCUGCGAAAUCGCGCUAGUGUCGAUGGGGCAUCACGACGUGUUCGUGCAGGUAGGCGAUAGUGUACGCAUACAGGCGCCCAAUGGGAAGUGGGUCGCACCGCUUGUUACUGGAACGUUCGGGUCGAGCGAUUUUAUUCACAGUUUAUUGGGAGGUGAGCCUUCUAUACAGGCAUCCGUGUCAGACCUCAAUCGCGAGCUGAACAACGCGACCGCCAAAUCACGCUCCAUGGGGUCCGGCAACAGUUCCCCGGCAGACGUCCUCCGGGAUCUGCUGUUCAAGCUUCCUGGGGGCGAUGGGGGCGAGAUGAGCAGGGAAAUGGACAGUGUGGAAAGGAUAAGGGCAGGCCCUUCGCAGCCUGGCGCGAAGAGGCCGGAAGACAUGAGCCCGCAGGAGAUACACGCUGUUUUGUGGCAGGUGCUGACGUUUAGGGAUUCAGUGGUGAAGAAAAUCGAAAAGACCAUCGAAAAGAUUCCCGGGCUCGGGCCCCUCAUUGAGAAGCUGAUGGAGUCUAUACAAGUGUUCAUCUAUACCACCCUUGAGCCAUAUCUCAAACCCCUGAUGAAGGUAGCCACGGAUGGUCUGAUGAGCGCUUCAGGUGAAGUCAUCAAUACGCACGACCAAUACGAGGUGUUUAAUGAUCCGCGCGCCUCCGACCCCACGCAUUCAUUCCUCAGCAAGGAUCACUUUAACCUCAUAUUGAAUGAACCGGCGGGGAACCUGGCGAAGAUAAUCGUUGCACAUACCGUCAGCUUGGUAGUGAAAGCCUGGGACGACUCAUCCAUGAACGUCCAUCAAAUCACCGAAGACAUUCUCCAAUGCCUCUUCCACCCAGACUUCCACAACCCCUCCUCCGAAAUCCAGCGCAAGAUGCUCCAAUUCAUGCGCGACUGGGUGCAGGGGCUGGGGCACCGGCAGGGCGAGGUGCUCCGGCGGCUCACGAAGAAUGCCGUGCGCAACCACGAAAACAUCCGCCUGCCGGGCGAGGGCGCCGCGCACCCCACCGGCGCCGCAUACAACGCGGGCCAGAACGUGCAGCACGACAUCCAGGGCUAUAUUAGCGGGAUCCCCGGGCUCGGGCAGGCGCAGAACCUGCUGGGUAAGAUCGGGAACCGCCCACCGGGAAUGGGGAUUGGGAGGGAAGCAAACCCCGGGCCUGGGUUCCCUGGUGCGCCGAGUGGCGAUGGGUACCCCGGCGCGUCUGCGUCGAGGCCGCCACCGGUGUCGAGCUAUGCGUCCGAGCCCUCCACGGGCGAGGCUGCGAGCUACUACGGGCACGGACAAGGACAAGGACAGGGACAGAGCGGGUACAACCCCCCGUCGGGCGGGCCCGCGUUCCCCUCCAUGCCAGACUUCCCAGGAGCGAAUCCAGGCGGGCCACCUCCCCCGCCCCACCAUUCGCGCCCUCCGGCGCACCACCAGGAGUCGCAGCUCCACGGCGGGUACGCGCCAGGCUACAUCUCGCCGCCACCGGGGCCGCCCGGGUUCCCCGACGCAGGCGGGUACGCGCCCCCUAGCGGUUAUGGCGGCGCACCCGGUGGAUAUGGCGGCGCGCCUGGGGGGUAUGGUGGUGAGGGUUACCCACCGCCGCCAGGACCGCCUGGCGGCCCUGGGUUCCCCGCGGCCGACCCGUGGGGCGCGCCCCCUGGGGGCCCGGCGUUCCCGCAGGCGUAUCCGCAGCCUGGGCAGGGGGGAGGGUAUCAGAGCUAUGGGUAUAACGACAGCCGGGAUCAGAGGUGGUGA